AUGCUGUUUCCAGCACCGCAAAUGCUACGAGGAAGCRCUGGAGAUGGAGUGCACGUGGGACCCAUCAAAGAUUGCUGCAGAUGUCAGCUGCUCCACUAAAAACCUGACCUGUGAGUCUGGGGAUCCCUGUGAGCAGUUCCUCUGCACCUGUGACAAAGGUGCCAUUGAAUGCUUUGUGACUGCAGAGAUUAACUCUUCCCUGAGCGGGCUGGAUGUGUCCUCCUGUCCAUCUCCAGUUACAGGAACAACCAUUAAGAGAGAGCUGACAACACAUCACAUGGAGGUGAUUCCUUUUGAGCCUCGUGACAAAGUCUUGGCAACUUCCAGUGCCAGAGGUAAGAGCCUCAUUAAACUUUUGUUUAUCAAUUUGGCACUCUUAACUCCAGAAGAUGGAUUUGUGGAGGCUGUGGUCCCAGUGGGAGAGAUAACCACCUCCCCAGCCCCAUUCCCAGGAGACAGUAACUCAAUGCAAGUCAAAAUUGUCCCCACCGCGACAAUUCCUACAGGCACACCUGCAAGGACAAAAGGAAAAGAGACGAGCCCUGCAAGGGGUGGCCUGAGAACAGCUUCCUCUGGAAUAGCUCUGGACCUGGGACUGUCUGACAGAGGACCUGCAGGAAAAGUGUGUGAGAGACUGACAUUUCUGCAAGACAGAGGACAUGGAAGAGUGAAGAAGGAGCUACCCCARCUUGGAGAAAUGCUGUUCUGCUUAACUGAACGAUGCCCAGAGGAAUUUGAGUCUUAUGGCUGCUAUUGUGGCCAAGAGGGAAGAGGUCAUCCCACCGAUGCACUGGACAGAUGCUGCUUCUCUCAUAACUGCUGUAUGGAACAAGUUAAGAARUUUGGAUGUCAUGCAGAAAGAAAUUCAAGAUCUGAAGUUGUAUGUUUUGAUCACAUGCCAAAAUGCAUUGGUUGGAGCACAUGUGARAAGCUCCUCUGUGCCUGUGACAAGGCUGCAGCGGAGUGCAUGGCUUCUGCCUUCUUCAACGAGAGCCUGAAGCUUCCCCACGGGCAGGAGUGCCGAGAGGAGAAGGUCUCCUGCCAAGGUGACCCUGCUGAAAGGCCUCCAGCAGGCACACAAACAGGCACACAAACAGGCACAGGGGGCUCCAGCUCUGAGGAGAGCAGUGAGGAGGAAGGUGCCCGGCAGAGCGGAUUCCAAAGAGCCAAGAGAGGGACACGGCGUGCCAUGGGGAACUCCAGAACAGGGGGACAUGAGGACAGAUAA